UGGUUGGACAGGGUCCUUGUCCCCUAGUGACUUUUUCAUAUCGGUCGGACUGACAUAUGCAAAUGAGGCACAACCAGGCGCGUCAGUCUGUGACAACUGUCAUUCUGCGAGUGGAGACUUGACUUUGUUGGUAGCUGCCUUUAGGUAAAUAUCAUGGCUGAUCAAGAAACCCCUCCCGUAGAAGCCCCCCCUGCCCCGGCAGAGGACCCUCCUGCGGACCCCCCUGCGGAAGAAAAGCCUGCUGAGGAGAAACCCCCCGAGAAGAAACCUCCUCCUGCUGACAAGGGGUCGAAGGGUCCUCUAGAUUAUAUAGCAGGCCUGUUUAAGGACGACGAGGCAAAUGCAGGAGAUGUCAAAGUCAACAUCAAACAAUGUGAGAUGCCGGAUGACAUGAAGGACCAUGCCGUCGAGACAGCGAAACCUCUCGUAGCUGUAAGAAUGAAAACUUUUGAGAAGAAGCCUCACAAGGACAUCGCGUCUGCUCUGAAGAAAGAGUUUGACUCCAAGUAUGAGCCGACGUUCAUCUGUAUCGUGGGCACGGACUUCGGAUCCUCCAUCACCCACACCAAGGACUGCUUCAUCUACAUGUACAUGAACAAAACUGCCAUCAUGCUUUUCAAAGUGUAG